AGUGAUAAGUAUGUGAAUCGCAUGGAGUUUAAACAUUUUAGUAUGAGUUUUAUAUUAUUUCUAAAACCUUCACAACAUAAACUCAUUUUAGACUUAACAAUAUUUUAUUUAUUACAACAUUCAAAAGAACAUUAAUCAUUUACGUUGAAACUAAGCUAAAAUUAAAAUGUCGUUAUUAGUUAAACCUGAAUUCAACAUGUGAUUCACGCAUAGUUACACACGAGUUACACAUACGAGUGUUGGAUUUAUUUACGAUCACAUCUAAAACUAUUGAAAACUAUGUGUAAAGUUUAUUUAUAAACAAGCAGUGAGAUAGAAAUGAGCACUAAUAAAGAGUUACCCGAAGAAAAAUGUACAGAGAUAACAACGUUUACAACAGCUGUCAAUAAAGAAAACUGCGUGUAUGUAAACAUCGAACACAAAAAUAUUUUUCUACGACAACUGUGGGGAUUCUCAGUAUGUCUCAUUCUAAACAUAAUAGCAGGCACAGUAUCGGGUUACUCAGCCAUAUUACUACCACAGUUAGAUAACAAAAAUAGUACAAUAGUGGCAACGGCAACACCUAGUCAACAAUCAUGGAUUGCUUCUAUGGCACCACUUUCAAUGGCACUCGGCUGUAUAAUAAGUGGUUGGUCCAUGGAAUAUUUCGGUCGCAAGAAAACAUUACGCCUGUGCACAAUCAUAUUCUUUAUUGGUUGGAUACUCAUCUACCUAAGUAAAACAAUAAGCAGUCUGCUGGUUGGUCGACUGAUAACCGGCUUUAGUGUUGGAUAUCUUGGUCCAACCGGAAGUUGUUACAUCAGUGAAAUUUCUACACCAAAAUAUCGAGGAUUUUUCUUAGCGGGAAUCUCCUUAGGCAUUGCUGCAGGUCUUCUAGUUGCACAUCUACUAGGAACUUUUCUCGACUGGCGAACAGUGGCUCUUAUAAUUUGCGCAGGGCCAAUCAUUGUUUUCUUCAUAAUGAUACCAGUACCAGAAUCUCACGUGUGGUUGCUUAGCAAAGGUAAAUUUCGGGAGGCACGGCUAGCUCUCGAGUGGUACUCAGAUCGUGAUGCAAUCAUAAUUAUAGAUGAAUACGAGCAACAAACCAAACGCACGCAUAAGAAGUGGAGUUGUAAAAUUUUCACACAAAAAGACUUUAUCAAGCCGGUUAUGAUAAUGAAUUUAUUUUUUGUCACGGCACAAUUUUCUGGUAACAAUGUGGUUGUGUUUUAUUCUGUUGGCGUAAUGCAGAAAACCGUGCCCACGUUAAAUGAAUACGCAUCAAUGCUAAUUAUUGAUGGAAUACGUUUCGUUAUGUCAGUAAUUGCGUGUAUACUAACACGUCGUUAUAAAACACGUGUGUUAACCUUUGUGAGUGCAGCGGGGACGAUAGCAUCGUUAUUCCUCCUCGCUACAUUUGUGUAUCUGUCUGAUUUGUAUCCAACAAAUACGUGGUUUACAACGGUACCGCUUGCGUUUUUUAUUAGUUAUAUUGUGUUUAUGUCUAUUGGAAUAGUGCCUUUGCCUUGGUCUUUAAGUGGGGAACUAUUACCACCUCAAAACAAAGGAGUAGGUGGUGGGAUUUCGACUGCACUUAAUUUUAUCGCAUUCUUUGUGGCUAUAAAAACAGGUCCUGAUUUAUUUGCGCAGUUUGGCACCGCGGGAACAUUUACAAUUUACGCCACAAUUACAUCUAUUUUUUCUAUGAUAUUAUACAUGGUUUUACCGGAGACUAAAAAUAAAACUUUGGAGGAAAUUCAAAGUAGUUUCAAGUAGGUUUUUUUAGCAUAUUUUUCAACGUAAACUAUAACGUAAUCAAAAUGUACAUAUUUAUGAUAACAUAUUGUAUGGUAUGGUGUGUUGUAAAGUGAACACUCAUUCGACCAGUAGUUGAAAAUGACGUCGCAAUAUCAAACUCGUUUUUAAUCGCUCGAUGUUGCAAAAUUCAACCUUUGAAUGAUGUUGCAUAAUAAAAUUGUUGUGAUUGAAAUGGAA